GGAUUUCAGAAAAGGAAGAUAUUCAUAAGAUCUCUAAUGAUAACGACAAGAAUCUUGUGUAUAUCGGACAUUUUGUGUUUCAUAAGAAUCUUAUGAAAGAGAGAAAACCAGCCAAGAAAUCAAUUCACAAGCGUCUUCUUACGGAAUUCGUACGUACAUUUUGGUUCCGUGUAGAUAGCACUUAAGUAAAUAAAUGAGGGGACUAGGAGAGUCUAAGACCUCCCUUCCACCCUACUCGGAUAGGAAAAUUGUAUCCCCCUCUAAGCAUUGAAAUUGUUAAGCUAAAUCUGCACCUCGUUCAUAAAAUGAAUGAGUCAAGCCCCACUAGUUUUGAGCUGAAAUUACGCUAAUGCUUGAUCUCGAUUAGUUACCCUAUCAUGGAAACGUGGUCGCUAACAAUUUGAAAGUUGGUUGCUCUUGGUAACUUUACCUGUUAUUUCGAUCGAUAUUCGAUUUAGUUUUCUUGCGUCACGGAAGCUUCAGAAGUAUCAACAAACAUGGCAGAUUUAGAUUAUCCCGAAAUUAAUCCAGCUAACGAACUAGAGAAACGCGUCGCCGAUGCAUUUCUCAUCUUUGACCACCACAGCAAUAAAACGAUUGACGUGCGCGAGGUUGGAACUAUUUUGAGAUUUUUAGGAUGUGUUCCAACGGAAGCGGACGUCAACGAAGUCAUUUCGGCCACCGAAUUUGAGGAUUCCAAUGGAACGGUUCACCUCUCAAAGUUUCUUCCCUAUGUUAGUCAACUAAUUGCAGAACACAAAUUGGAGCCAGCCCCACCAGAAAAACUGUUGAAAGCGUUUCGCGUUCUGGACCAAGAAGGAAAAGGAUUCGUUGAUCGUGAGUAUAUGACGAAAUUGAUUACGGAAGAAGGGGAACCGUUUACCGCAGAAGAACUAGAAGAAAUGAUGGCUGUUGCAGUUGAUAUGGCCACAGACAAAAUACCUUACGAAAAUUACCUUAACCAACUGUUGGUUGAUUUUUGAAACGUAUUAAAAGGUAACGCUUAUUUGAAUACUUGGAAUGCUUGGAACAUAUUCCCACUCAAUUAUCAAUUCGAUGUUUAUUUCACCAUGAGUAUGAAUUACGUAUGCACUCAAAACAAAUUGGUAUAGGAGUUGCUUUGAACUAAGUUCAAACCUAUAAAUAUUUUUUUAUUUUAGAGAUCUCUAA